CUUGCGACCCAGCACCUGCAAUGGCGAAUGCAAUACGAUAGAAGUAUUCACUUCUUGCAGCCUUAUUUCUUUCAGCAUCAGAUACGACGUCCACCCACCUCCAGCCUGUUGCGCGCAAACUGCGCAUGACAAAGGCAGCUGGCUGCGAUCUUGUCUGCCCCGCAUCGAGUGCCGCACGCGAUUCACGACUUUUCCAACACAACCAUGAAUCCAAGCGGCCUCGGGGCGUCCAUGUGGGCGUCAGCCAGACGACGCCCCUACGAGCGAUCUUUCGACAACCGCUCGAAAUCCAUGCCCCCCGUUUCAGCCUUGCCGACAGAGCCAAGCUCCGAACCGACGGCCGUCCUACCACCCUCAGCCUCGUCCGCCUCGCUGUCGCCGAUCCAGGCCUUUCACAGAUUCGAGCAGGCAUGCCAGCGCCUGCGGUGGAAGUACAUCGAUCUUGAGUCCUCGUACCAGCGCGCUCUGUCUCCGCAAGACUACGGCUUCUCGACGCAGGACGCAGAGGUCAACUUCAAGGUCGAUUUUCACGAGUUCUACGUCCGCAUCGAACAGGCGCUGGUGUUUGUCCUUUUCGUCUUUGGCAUCACUGUUCCUCGGGGUAGUGGCGGGCCGAGAAGCCAGGCGGCGCAUACAUAUCAUCAUAACGUGCUCAAGACGUUGGAAGAGGAGGAUAAUCCGCUGUUCGAGGCGCUGGGAAGAGGAGAUGUCAAUCAUGCGCUGUGGAAGGCCAAAGAGUUGCGGAAUCGGUGGAAGGAUGCGGCCGAAGGGAGGGAGACGCCGCCGCUCAAGAUGUAUGAUUUGACAUGGAUCGUUAGACAAGUGCUCGGAGGCCUGGAGGUGUCAUAUGGCAUCGCGGCUGGGAGGAUUGAACAGCUCAGGAUGGAGGGUGAUGGGCUCGCAGAGAAUGGAGGCACAGGCGGCGAGGCGUAAAAAUAUAUACGUUGGAUGAGCGUCUCCAUCUGCUGGACGGUUGGAGUUUUCUUGUAUGAUACAAUACCCACAUAUGCACAUAAGCCGGCGAUUCUA